UUCGUUGCAGAUCUUUUUACUGCUAAGAGUAAGCAUGGAAGAACUGCGUCCUGGAAGCAAUACGUGCCCAGAAUCAUCACUGGAUUAGGGACAGCGCUUUUAAUCUCCAUUAUCAUCUGGCUCUCUCAACGUGCGUAUUCCUGCCCCCGUUUGUGGAUCGGGUUCGAGGGGAAAUGUUUCUACUUCUCUGAAGUGGAAAGGAACUGGACGUCGAGUCGGGAUGACUGCCACACGCGCCGCGCCAGCUUGGCCGUGAUCCAGUCCAAGGAGGAGCUGGAGUUCGUGCUGCGCUACAAAGGUUUUCCUGACCACUGGAUCGGGCUGAGCCGCCAAAACCCGAGCCGGCGCUGGGAGUGGGAAGAUGGGACCAAAUUCAACAGCUCGUUGUUUCUCGUCGGAGGAGGCGAGGACUUUGCUUUCUUGAACGACCAAAAAGUCACCAGCGCUCGCAGCAGCGGCGAGCGGCACUGGAUCUGCACCAAGCCGCAGAGCAGGCGGCCGUGAGGCCAGCAGACACGGCGCCUCCAGGUCGUGCAGAGAAUACCUCACAUCUUGGUGCCCUGGUGGACAUUUCGAGAACCUGACGUGGCGAGACAACACGCAGGGUUCAUUUCUCAGGCCUGCAGGUGGCGUUUUGUUACAGCUAACGCGCUUCUGGAGCCUUUUCACGUUUUCUGUCUCCUACCAGCGAGCUUCCUUCUGCAGAACGUUUUGUCUUCUCAAACUCUUCUGCACUACAUUAUUUUUGCUUCAUCUUUAUCGAUGCCUAGCAUUAAGAUUGAUAGCAGAGGCAAGGUUGCAUCAGGAAAAGCAGCGAUGUAGCACGUUGUUUAACUGACAACAGGCACUCCAUUUCAUUUUUAGAUCAUAAAACUCUUUUCUCAAGGAAUUUGCACUUUUUUAGCACAGGAGAAGGUUCUAACUUCUUUUAUAACGGAGGGGCAUUUUAAAAUACAGUAUUUUGCCAAAGAGAUACCAGUAUUGUGCAUAGGCAGAAGAUAUCGCAGGGUGGAUGGGAAUAUUUCAAAACACACGAUCCUGGAACUGGUUUGGGCUGGAAGAAAGCUUCAAGAUCGUCUAGUUCCAACCUCGCUGCCCUGGGCUGAAGUCCCUGAGGUCCUGCUUGGGGGGAAGCAGCUGUAACCCAUCACCUCUGCUGGUGCUAGCCCGAGGAAUGCGAGUAGUGGGUGUGUUGCUUUGACAAGGAGCAACUUCUCGCGCUUGCAGUUCCUCCUGUACUUGAACAAACAUUUCAAUGCCUCCCAGGCUGGAUUGUGGAGGCAGUCUGGAGUCAGGUCGACGUUAAUUUCAAAUGCUGCCUGUGGAGGAAAACGGUGCCUUUCUCUUGCUUUUCUGCUCCUCUGUAUCUUUGCACUUUAUCGGCAGUAUUUUUCUGUGUGCUGUUUUAGUUUAUAUGUAAUUUCCAAAUAAAAUAUUUUUUU